UUAAUUAGUGUUAAUUACGUUAAUUACAGGCACAGUGGUGCACUCCAUGGUGGCUCACCUGGACGCCGUCACCUGUCUGGCCAUUGACCCCAAUGGGACCCACAUGGUGUCAGGGAGCCAUGACUGCUCCGUCCGCCUUUGGCUCCUCCCACACCGGAAGUGCAUCCAAGAACUUCCGGCCCACCGCCGGAAGUACGACGAGGCGGUGCAGGCCGCGGCCUUCCACCCAUCCCGGCCGCUCUUUGCCACUGGAGGAGCGGACUCUAUGGUCAAAGUCUAUGUCUGACCGACACCACGUGACCACGGCCGGGGCCUACUCUUAUUGCCCCCAUUACAUUGACCUGCCCCUAUAACUGCCCCAUGGGGGGCAAUUGAAGGGGGAUGGGGCAGUUAUGACACUACUGGGGGCAGUUAAGGUCUAUUGGGGCAAUUAAGGCCCUAUUGGGGCAUUUAAGGGCCUGUUGGGGGCAGUUAAGGCCCUAUAGGGGGCAAUUGGACCCUAUUAGGGGCAGGUAAGGUCUAUAGGGGCAAUUAUGACCCUAUUGGGGGCAGUUAAGGCCCUAUAGGGGGCCAUUGGACCCUAUUAGGGGCAGGUAAGGUCUAUAGGGGGCAGUUAAGGCCCUAUAGGGGGCAAUUGGACCCUAUUGGGGCAGGUAAGGUCUAUAGGGGGUAAUUGAGGCCCUAUAGGGGGCAGUUAAGGCCCUAUAGGGGGCAAUUGGACCCUAUUGGGGCAGUUAAGGUCCUAUAGGGGGCAAUUAAGGCCCUAUAGGGGGCGGUUAAGGUCUAUGGGGGCAGUUAAGGCCCUAUAGGGGGCAAUUGGACCCUAUUAGGGGCAGGUAAGGUCUAUAGGGGGCAGUUAAGGCCCAUAGGGGGCAAUUAUGACCCUAUUGGGGCAGUUAAGGCCUUAUAGGGGGCAGUUGAGGUCCUAUAGGGGGCAUUGGACCCUGUUAGGGGCAGGUAAGGUCUUAUAGGGGGGCAAUUGAGGUCCAUA